AUGGAAGAGCCGCGUUCAGAAACUACGGCGCAAACCGGACCGCCAACAUCAACCCCAAGCGCAACACGCAAAAAGUCACGCAGAGGUGCCGAUUCUGCCAGCCAGAAAAGACGAUGCGUGAGCACAGCAUGUAUAGCGUGCCGAAAACGCAAAUCGAAAUGCGAUGGUGCUCUUCCAAGCUGUGCUGCAUGCUCGAGCGUAUAUGGAACUGAGUGCCUUUAUGACCCUAACUCGGACCAUCGCCGAAAGGGCGUUUACCGUGAAAAGGUUGACAGCAUGAAAGCGCGCAAUUCCACGUUGCAAAUAUUAAUCGAGGCCAUCUUAAAUGCUGAAGAGGAGGAUGUCUCAAGUAUUGUCCAGAGAAUCCGUACUUGCAAUAGUCUCGACGCAGUUGCUGAAGAUAUCAUCAACCAACAGCAGCACCAGCAGCACCAGCGACAAGCACCACAAUUGGCGGCACAUUCAGCCGCUGAAGAUUCCGAUGAUUAUGAUCAAUCUAAUGAAAAUUAUACUACCGAUCAGCCUGUGCAGGGCGAGAGAGAUCUAGCUCGCAAGAUGGGCGAACUCAGACUCGAAAAUGGCAAUGUUCGCUUCAUCGGAGGCACCUCUCAUCUCAUUUAUCUGAGUGAUCCAACUCACGAGGGAGAUUUCGAGCCAAGUUUCGAGGACUAUAACACUGGAGAAGACCCUAUUACAUCCUGGACUCGUGUCACUCAAGACUCCCAGCUUAUUACCCAUCUAAUCAACAUGUACUUCAAUUGGCACUACCCUUAUUUCACAACACUUUCCAAGAAAGUAUUCUUUCGAGAUUUCUUGAAGGGUAAAGCUGGGAUAGGACGGGGCACUGCAUACUGUUCCUCUCUCUUGGUCAAUGCCAUGCUCGCAUUGGGUUGCCAUUUUACAAGUGUAGCCGGCGCCCACAGUAUCCCUGGGGAUAGCAGGACAAAGGGCGACCACUUUUUCGCCGAGGCAAAGCGACUGAUUGUUGAGAAUGACGAAUACGAGAAGCCUCGUUUAGUCACUGUUCAAGCAUUGGCUCUUAUGUCGGUUAGAGAAGCUGGGUGUGCCCGCGAAGCCAAAGGGUGGGUUUAUAGCGGAAUGAGUUUUCGCAUGGCCGAAGACAUUGGCCUCAACCUGGAUGUGGGCCAGCUCGAUAAAGAAAGAAUGAGCGAUUAUGAGAUUGAUGCCAGACGGAUUACUUUCUGGGGAUGCUAUCUUUUCGACAAGUGCUGGUCUAACUACUUAGGUCGGCUUCCUCAAAUACCCAAGAGCUCGUUUAACGUCUCCAAAUUCGAUGUGUUCCCCGACGAAGACGCAGAAACGUGGUCACCCUAUACAGACAAUGGAUUUGAUCAAUCGUCUAAGCAGCCGGCACGAACGCGAGCUAUUGCUCUUCAAAUGUCGAAGCUUUCCGAGAUCAGCAGCGAUCUGCUGACAUUCUUCUAUCACCCAAGCAACAUUGGCAGGUCCAGUGGGAAGGCCGUGGAACUCAAGAAACUGAGUGAACUGCAUCGCCGUCUAGAGGAGUGGCGAAAAGAAAUUCCCAAGGAAUUUGAGCCCAAAGAUGGCCAGUUACCCAACGUGCUUCUCAUGCACAUGUUCUUUCACCUACAAUACAUACACCUCUUCCGGCCCUUCUUGAAAUACUCGCCCACUACUUCGCCUCUUCCGCCCCAUGUCUCACCCCGCCGCAUCUGUACCGCAAAUGCUGGUGCUAUCUCAAAACUUCUACGGCUGUACAAGAAACUCUGGAAUUUGCGUCAGAUUUGCAACAUUGCGGUGUACAUGGUGCAUAGUGCAUGUACAAUCCAUCUGCUAAAUCUUCCUGAAAAAACUGCUCGAAGGGAUAUCACUCAUGGAGUCAAGCAUCUUGAAGAGAUCGCCGAAGACUGGCUCUGUGCCAGAAGAACUCUGAGCAUACUGAGCGUCCUCUCUCGGAAAUGGAAUUGUGAACUUCCUGAGGAUGCCGCCUUCGUUCUUCAUCGGUCCGACGAAAAAUACGGGACAUACAGCACUUCUGACGUCCCUUCGCCUCAUUCGCAAGCGGGUGCUUCGCCCCUUUCUGAUGGUGGUCUGGGACUGAAGUCGAUGGGUGAAUACAGCCCAUUCCCUCAAUAUGCUCGAACCCAAUUGGCCCGACCAAUGCAGCAACUUCAGCAGCAACAACCACAGCCCCAGCCUCAACGAUCUGUGACGGAAACUAUGAUGACAAGCUCUCCACUACCGAACAACAUUCUUGCUCAGCAGCAGGGUCUGCCUAUGAACAGAGGCAAUGGGGGCUUUGGUUCCGAGUCUGUGGGUGGAUGGGAUUCUGUCCCUGUUACAUCAUCAAUGCCAUCGUACCAGCCGGCAUUCGCGCCCAUAAACCGCAACAGUAUGGCAAGCGCCGGCACAGGCGUUCCGCCUGUCAGCAAUCCGUCAACAUCCAACCGGGGGAUGAGGAUGGAUGGCCAAGAAUGGUUCUUGAACGACAGCGCAAGGUGGCAUCAGAGCUUUGAGGCCUGGCAGAUGGCCAACAACGGACAGGACAAUUCCGUCUUCAUGUUUGGCGAUAGCGGCAAUCAAGACACACCCAACACCAAUGCAGACGGGAACGCUAGUAUGCAAGCCGACACCAACGAUCAGAUAGCCGCGCUGGACGGAUUAGGGGCGUCGUUGUCCCGAGGUGGAUGGCUACCAGGUUUAGAUUAA